UUCCAUAUUCCUCUGAAUCUACAAAGGAAAAACAAAUCAGAAACGACAAAACAACCUUGUUUUUCACUGCCGCAGCCAUGGAGAAGUCCUUCAAAACAGGAGCAUUAAUUCCAAUACUGAGUUUGCAGCAAAGCCCUACACGCCAAACCCUUCAUAAAUCUCAACCAGCUUCGGUGAAUUGUUUGAGAUCGCGUCAGAAAGCUUGGAAUUUUUCUUUUGGGUUUCUGGGUUUUGGACCAAUUUGAAAACCCAGUUGAAGGUGGUGGUGUACUUGAAUACUUCUCAAGAAGGAACUAAUUGAACAUUAUCUGAGUUCGUUCUCAGUUGGAUAUGGCCGGAGCUGAACAUGGAUCUUCUCAAACUUCUUCAUCCCUCAUUCCGUGGAUGUCACUAUCUACUGGGUUAGGACCACCAUAUCGCUGGCUCAAGGAGCUGAAAACUGAGGAGAGGGGUUUGUAUUUGAUACAUCUUCUUCGAGCCUGUGCUUACUAUGUGGCUGCCGGUAGCAUUGAGAAUGCCGAUAUCGGCCUUGAGCACAGCUCCCAUCUUGCCUCCCGCGAUGGCGACUCAAUGCAGCGAAUUGCUGCAUACUUCACUGAGGCGCUUGCGGAUAAACUGCUUAAAGUCUCGCGGCCUUGCCUGUCUAAAGCCCUCAAUUCAACAAGAAUAUUGUCUCCCUAUGAGAAAAAUGAAGUUCAAAAAGUCUUCUUCGACAUCUGCCCCUUCUUAAAGGUUGCCUAUCUGAUCACGAUUGAGGCCAUUUUGGAAGCCAUGGAUGGGGAGAAGAUGGUUCAUAUUAUCGAUCUCUGUUCAUUUGAGCCUGCACAAUGGAUUCAUCUUCUUCGGACAAUUAGUGCACGGCCAGAAGGCGCACCCCAUUUGAGAAUUACAGGUAUUCAUGAAGAUAAAGAGGUAUUGGAUAAAAUGGCUCUUGAGUUGACAGGAGAAGCUGAAAAAUUGGUCAUUCCAUUUCAAUUCAAUCCCGUAUUGGGUAAAUUAGAGAAUCUUAAUCUUGAAAGUUUGGGAGUUAAGACAGGAGAAGCUGUUGCAGUCAGCGCUGUACUUCAGCUACACACUCUCUUGGCUACUGAUGAGGAAUUGCUCACAAGGAGCUCUCCUUCGGUAGAAAAGAACCUGCAGAAACAUUUCCACAUGGACCAGCACACAUUACGAGAGUUCCUUGAGAAGGAUCCGAUCAAUGUGUACAUGGCCAGUCCUGAUUCUGCAUUAUCUCUAAGUGCUUCCCCAAAAAUGGAGAGCUUUCUAAAUUCUCUUAGGAGCCUCUCGCCGAAACUGAUGGUGAUUACUGAGCAGGAAGCAAACCAUAAUGGCUUUACUUUUAUGGAGAGAGCUAAUGGAGCAUUGAACUACUAUGCUGCUCUCUUUGAUUGUUUGGAGUCUACUGGGUCAAGAGCGCCCAAAUAUCGACAGAAGGUUGAGAAGAUGCUAUUUGCAGAGGAAAUUAAAAACAUCAUAGCAUGUGAGGGAGCGGAGCGAAAGGAGAGGCAUGAGAAGCUUGACAAAUGGGUUUUAAGGCUCGAGUUGUCUGGUUUCGGGAAGGUGCCUUUUAGCUAUCACGGUAGAUUGCAGGGAAGGAUGCUCUUGCAGGAAUAUGAUCGUGGAUAUAAUAUCAAAGAAGAGAAUGGAUGUUUGGUUAUCUGCUGGCAUGAUAGGUCCCUCUUUUCUAUUUCAGGCUGGAGAUUUGGGAGGAACUGAGAUGAGUUGCAAUGUUACACUGAUGGCUUUUUUCU